AUUUAGAGACACUUCUUCUAAUAAUUGUGGCAGAUUAUGUCGAAGAAAAUCUAAAUAAAUUUCACCGGCAGCAGCGGUGGCCGCAGUAGUAGACUCUUCGGUCUCUUGAUCAGUCGCCAUGCGCUGUGCGGGUUCGAGUCCCGUCCCAGGAGAAAUUUUUCUCUUGGCUAUGGAUGUUGUGAUUGUCCGUAGGUGGUAGAUGGUCUCUGACUGUCGAACGCGGAGGUACCACCCGGCGGAUCUCGUAGGCGGAGCCAGAAUGUGUGCAUGUUGCAUGCACACGUGUUCCCUCGCCAGAGUCCGUGUGACGUUCCCCCUUUCCCCUGUAUCCCCCUAUAGCCCCACGGUACUCAAUGGGUGUUCAGGCCAGCUAGAAACCGAUGUCUUGCUGGAGCGACAUGUUGUUCAGAGCAAUAUAUUCUUCACUAUACGUAUGACUUUCGUGCGGACAUGAAUGUUUGUGACUAUAAUCUAGCUUGGACAUGCAUGUUCCAACUUCCCUUAGUCCCAUCACCACACGUAGGCAAG